CACGGCUGGACUCCAACGCACGACGCAGCUCUUGCAGUCAGCUGGACACUAGACGUACACACAGCGGCUGCUGCUCACGUGGUCUUUGGAGAUGUUCCUGUUGUUGGUGUUGGCCGCCGUCCUGGCAGUGUUGGUCUGGAAGAGGCUGACGGCUGCAGAGGAGGAGCCGUUCAACCCGCGCCGGCUGGAGGACGCGUGGUGGGGGCCCGGAGAACCCAAGGAGGUGGACGAGUCCGUCCGGCCAUUCACCAUCGCCGUCCCAGACAGCGUGAUUGAAGAUUUGCACGAAAAACUAAAAACCACGCCAAAGCUGACGCCACCAUUGGAGGGUGUCGGAUUCGAGUAUGGCUUCAACUCCAACUACAUGCAGGAGGUGGUGGAGUUCUGGCGGACCAAGUACGACUGGAGGGAGCGCGAGAAGUUCCUGAACCAGUUCCCGCAGUUCAAGACUACGGUGAACGGCCUGGAGCUGUACUUCAUCCACGCCAAGCCGGCCGAGGUCCCGCAGGGCACAGUGGUGGUCCCGCUGCUGCUGAUGCACGGAUGGCCUGGCUCCGUGAGGGAGCUCUAUUCGUUCAUCCCCCUGCUGACCACCCCCAGGAAGGGGGAGGGCUUCGUCUUCGAAGUGGUGGCCCCCUCUCUGCCUGGGUUCGGCUUCUCACAGGGCGCGGCAAAGCCAGGUCUCGGUAUCGUACAGAUGGCCGCCAUCAUGAAGAGGCUGAUGGAGAGACUCGGCCACAACAAGUUCUACAUCCAGAGUGGAAACUGGGGAGGCAUCAUAGGAACCGCUUUGGCGCAGUACUUUCCGACCUCCGUACUGGCAUUACAUGUAAAUAUUUGCCCCGCUGAAGGCCUGAUGUCCAUGAUAAAAGGCACGAUCGGCAGUUUUUGGCCGACUCUGUUCGUGGAACGCCGCUACGCACACAAAGUGUUUCCCUACUGGACGAACAUCCUCAACACGGUUCUGCAGGAGAUGGGCUACUUGCACCUUCAAGCUUCCAAACCAGACACCAUAGGGAUUGUACUGCAGACUACGCCUGUUGGCCUGGCCGCCUACAUCCUGGAGAAAUUCUCCACCUGGACAGACCCGUCUUGGAAGACUCUACCCGAUGGAGGUCUGACGAAGAAGUACGACCUGACGGACCUGCUGGAUAACGUCAUGAUCUACUGGGUCACCAACUCAAUUAACACCGCCGUAAGAUUGUACUCUGAAUUCUACGGGAAAGCAGCAAGAGUCGGCCGAAAGAGAGUCAUCGAGAAGUACCCGCCGACAGCCGUGGCGCAAUUCGAGAACGACCUCUUCUUCACCCCCGAGUCGAUGGCUCAUGAUACCCACCCCAACCUGGUUCGCUACAACGUCUUCAAGGGUGGAAUGUUCGCAGCACUCGAGGAACCCAAAGUGCUGGCUGAUGACGUGUGGGACUUCAUCAAGUCGAUACACAUAUAGUGGCUGUUUGUGUUUGUGUGUGUGUGUGUGUGUGUUUGUGUGUGUGUGCGUGCGUGUGAGUGUGUGUAUGCGUGUAUGGCUUAUGUGUGGCUGGAGUGUGGGAAACGUGCAUUUGCUAGCCAGAAAUAAAUGUCAGUCGAUGUACACUAUCUGAUCAAAAGUAUGUGGACAUCUAUUACACCGAGCGAGGUGGCGCAGUGGUUAGACACUGGACUCGCAUUCGGGAGGACGACGUUUCAAUCCCGCGUCCGGCCAUCCUGAUUUAGGUUUUCCGUGAUUUCCCUAAAUCGCUCCAGGCAAAUGCCGGGAUGGUUCCUUUCAAAGGGCACGGCCGACUUCCUUCCCCGUCCUUCCCUAAUCCGAUGAGACCGAUGACCUCGCUGUCUGCCUUCCCCAAAACAACCAACCAACAACAUCUAUUACAGGACGAAAAUAUGGGGUGUGUCCACCCUUCGCUCUUAUGACGGCUUAAACACUGAUGGGGACACUUUCAAUAAGGUGUCUGAAUGUCUGCUGAGGAAAAGCAAUGCGUUAUUCCUCAAGAUCCGAAACCAGAGACGACAGUGAUGUUGGACGCUGCAGUCUGGAGCGAAGUAGUUCUACCUCACCCCAAAGGUGUUCCAUUGGGUUCAGAUUGGGACUCUGGGGAGGUCAGUCCAUUUCAGUAAAGUCAACGUGCACAAACCACUAUCUCACAGCUACUGCUUUAUGGCAGGGUCCAUUGUCGUGCAGAUAGAGGCAAUCGUCCUCUCGGAACUGCUGCUCUACUGUACACACUACACAGUGCUGUAAAAUGUGCCCAUAUCCUUUCGCAUUUAGCGUUUUCUUAAGCACAGUAAGUGGACUACAUCCCAACCUCAAAAUACACGCCCACACCUUAACACCACAUAUUCCAUACUCCACUGUUAGCACUACAUAUUAUACUAAGUAAUACUCUGCAGACAUUUUUCGAAGUCAAACCCAUCUAUCGAACUGCCACAGGGUGAAGCGUGAUUCACCGUUCCAAAACACUCCUUUCCAGUCAUCCUCUGUCUACUAGCGUCAUUCUUUGCUCCAUCUUGUGUUGCUCAUCGCCGACUGCUGAAAUGUGUGACUUGUGAGGAGCUGCUCGGCCAUCAUAUGCCAAUAUUUUUAACUCCCUGUGCGCAGUCAUUGUACUCGCUAGUCUGCUAGUAGCACUUUGGAACUCUCAAGUUGUUCCUUCUGCUGAUAUCAUGCCAUUUACAAUGAUCCGUGUCUGUCAGUAAUAGAGAUCAACAUGGUCUUAUUUUAGCUGUGGUUGUUCCAUCGCGUUUGCACUUCGCAGUCACAACACCAGCAGUCGAGAUGGGCAGCUUUAGAAGAGUUGACAUGUCCCUGAUGGAUUUAUUACUCAGUUGACAUUGAAUGAUUAUUCCACAUCCGAAGUCACAUAGCCGUGCUGACUGACCCAGUCUACUGUCACUGCUUCUCUACUUUCUUGCUGGUGGGUCCGCUUCUCGUGACAUCUAGCAGUCAAUUCGGCAUUACGUAGGUGUUCCGGGUACUUUUGAUCAGAUAGUGUACAUCAUGGAAGGCGCCUGUUGUAAACUGUGAAUUUAAAUUUCUUCAGCAUAAUAAAAUAUUUCCCUUUUUAAA